UUGCAGUAUGCGCACUUUUCUUAAUCUUUAGCUCAUAAAAACAUGUAGGUCAGAACAAGAGUAGUGGAUAAUUAGCGGGAGUAAUUUCCAGUAGGCGUCUUUGCGCUCAAACGCGUCACGGGUGUCCACACGUGUGGGGCGUGGAAUUGAACUAGGUGCCUAUAAGGAGGACAGGCAGCAUUAUUCAACGGGCAUCACAGCACCCGAGAAAGUCAAGACACAUGCAGAAGAUAACGGGCUGCCAACGUCUGAUAAACGUACUGACAAGGAGCACAGCGUGGUACGACGGGGCAACGACCGUUGGGGGGGGAACGGGUCCUCAGGACGGAGCCACUUCUUCCUCUUCAUCCACAUCUCUCCUUUGGGGCGUGGAGUGUCGCUUUAGCAUCUUUAACGCGUCUGCUAACAUUAGCAAGCAAGGAAUGUUAACUCUAGGCUUUUCUAGACCAGAGGCCUACAACAUCCUCCUCUAAAUCUAGAACGACCUCAGUGCCGGUGGAUAACCCCCUCCGAAGCACACCUAGUGAAUUUGAACUGACGGUGGAUACUACAGCUUCCAUCCAGACAGCAAACCAAAGCAGAGCAUUUCCAUUGCUCCAUUUUUAUUAAUUUAAUACAUAACUUUGACUAUUUAUGUUCUACACUUUUGGAAGGAUUCCUAUAGCUGUGAGCUUUAAUUCCAAGACAGAUUUUUCUAACAUAAUCUGUAAAAAUGGGUCCUGGAUUGGAAACAGCGGACAUAGCUGUGGUAGCACUGUACUUUGUCCUUGUGCUUGUCAUCGGGUUUUUUGCUAUGUGGAAAGCCAAUCGCAGCACUGUGAGCGGCUACUUCCUGGCUGGACGCUCCAUGACCUGGAUAGUGAUAGGCGCAUCGCUCUUCGUGAGUAACAUUGGCAGUGAACAUUUCAUAGGUCUGGCUGGAUCAGGAGCAGCAAGUGGCUUUGCAGUUGGAGCAUGGGAAUUUAAUGCACUUCUACUUCUGCAGCUUCUUGGCUGGGUGUUUAUCCCUGUGUAUAUCCACUCAGGAGUCUACACCAUGCCUCAAUACCUUUCCAAACGCUAUGGUGGCAACAGGCUGAAGGUCUAUUUUGCUUUCUUGUCUGUGUUACUUUACAUUUUUACCAAGCUGUCUGUGGACUUGUAUGCUGGAGCUCUCUUUAUUCAGGAGUCCCUGGGGUGGAACCUUUAUCUGUCUAUCGUCCUGCUCAUCAGUAUGACUGCUCUCCUCACUGUCACUGGUGGACUGGUGGCAGUACUGUACACAGAUGCCCUUCAGGCAGUGUUGAUGAUUGGUGGGGCCCUAACUUUAACUAUCAUCAGCCUAGUUAAAGUUGGUGGGCUAGAGGGUGUCAGAACUAAGUACAUGCAGGCAGUUCCCAAUGUUUCUGCUAUAAUGGCUACUGGAAAUUACACCUAUUCUCCUUCGUGUCGCAUUGAGCCCAAACCAAACUCGCUACGCAUCCUUCGCGGUCCUCUGGAUGAAGACAUCCCUUGGCCAGGCUUCAUUCUUGGCCAGACCCCUGCAUCUAUUUGGUACUGGUGUGCAGACCAGGUCAUUGUUCAGAGAGUGCUAGCAGCAAAGAACAUUGCUCAUGCGAAAUGCUCUACACUCAUGGCUGGAUUUCUCAAGAUCCUGCCCAUGUUUGUCAUCGUCAUUCCAGGAAUGAUCUCCCGCAUCAUGUUUGCAGAUGAGAUUGCCUGCAUUGGGCCUGAGCACUGCAUGUCUGUGUGUGGUUCUCAGGCUGGCUGCUCAAACAUUGCCUAUCCUCGUCUGGUCAUGGCUGUGAUGCCUGUAGGACUCAGGGGUCUGAUGAUGGCAGUCAUGAUUGCUGCCCUGAUGAGUGAUCUUGACUCAAUCUUCAACAGUGCAAGCACCAUCUUCACCCUGGAUAUCUACCAAACUGUUAGGAAGAAGGCAUCGCAACGCGAACUGCUGAUUGUGGGCCGGAUGUUUGUUGUGGUCAUGGUGGCCAUCAGCAUUGCUUGGGUCCCUGUUAUCAUUGAAAUGCAAGGUGGACAGACAUACCUGUACAUCCAGGAAGUUGCUGGCUACCUCACUCCACCAAUUGCUGCCCUCUUCCUGCUAGGUGUGUUUUGGAAAAGGUGUAAUGAGACAGGGGCAUUUUGGGGAGGCAUGACAGGUUUCAUGCUAGGUACCACACGACUGAUCUUAGCUUUUAUCUACCGCCAGCCUCGCUGUGACCAGCUCGAUGAUAGGCCUACCUUCAUCGUUCAUGUUCACUACAUGUAUUUUGCUGCUGUGCUGUUCUGGAUUUCAGGUCUGGUGGCGGUGGUGGUCAGCCUCUGCACCUCUCCACCAGAUGAGGAGCAGGUUAGCACCACUACAGUCUGGGGGCUUCGCAAUAUUGAUAUGGUUCCAGCAAAGGACCGAGAGGAAAUGUACAGGCUGACUGACAAGAGUCAUUGUAAUGGGGAUGGAAGCCUCCAUAAAGAAAUGCCCCCAGAUGUCACAAAGGAGAGGUGUUUGGAUGGGGCCCAUGUCAAACUCCUGGUCCCAUCCACUGACCAUGACCCAGCAACCCCUAGUACAGAAACUUCCCCUGCAACCACCCCUGCAGAACGAUUUGGUAAUGGAAGGAUGGAGAUGAUCAGAGCAGAGGAAGGCUGCCGUGGGAAUGAAGACAGUAGCAGGUGCAUGCGUUUAUUGGACUGGUUUUGUGGAUAUAAGGAGGCAGCACAAAGUGCUCAGCAAAAAAUGGUGCAGGAGGACGCAAGAGUUAUUGCAGAGAUGCUGUACGAGCCACCUAGAAUUAAACUUCUCCUCAACUUGGGUCUGUUAUGUGUCUGCUCUGUGGGCAUCUUCAUGUUUGUUUAUUUUUCACUGUAGUGGAACCCUGCACUGAACUAAUGGGGACUGGUGUGGGGGCUUUUAUGAAGGUGGAAUUAUGUGGGAGCUGGGGGCUGUUACAAACAAACAGUUGAAUUUUCAGAUUUGAGAAGCUCUGUCUGUAAUAUUUACAGUUGUCUUUUGUAGCUCUCUAACAGGGAUCUAAGCUUAUUCUAAUCAUUUUUUUGAAAUGAUUAAAGCUUCUCCACAUGAAAAAAAUACUACUCCUUUAGGACUUUGAAGCUUAUUUGGCACUGGUCUGUCCAUUUUGUACAGUGCUUGUUGUUAAUCCUUCAUUCAGAAUAUCUACUGGGAUUUUUAGAAUUGUAGUACUAAGUGAAUUUAAUAUUUGCCUUAUUGGACAUAUGCACUUGUCGUUCUUUUUUGUAUGGUGAAAACAACAUGUAAUCUGUGAUUUAAGUUUUUUUCCUCACCACUCUUGUUGACAGUGACUGUAGGCUUAGUUGCUGGUGUAGCAUACAUAUGUCUGUAGUGACUCAAAAAACUAUUUUAGGUUAUAGACCAUGAGGGUUUUGUACAAGUUUUUGCUGCUGAACACAAUAAUUAUUGCUACAUUUAUAUCAGUGGAAUUUCAAGUAUGUCGUUACUACUUAAUUUUAUUGUGCCCUGGACAGUCAAUCCAAGCUUGUCAGCAAAUUAUACUGAUAAAUGUCCAAAUGUUUUGCUGUAGACAAUACAACAUCCAAACCUCUUUUAUGAGGGGAUCAUAAUGACAUUUAUAAAACUAAAGUUAAUAUUAAAUGCUAAGAAGCAUUGCUUCUGUGCUGGUGUUGCAUAUGACCAAUAUGUUUAUGGUGGUAAUUACAUUCAGUGGUUUGAUUUAACCUACUGGAAGUAUUGCAUCAAAAAUCAUUUUGUCGAGCCAAUAUUAGCUAAUACCUGGUAUUUAGAAUAUGUACAUAUUUUUGCAGCAUGGAAAAUGGAGAGAAGAAGCACAAGACUAGAAAUUGUUAUCCUUUCUAAAAUGUUUUGUUUUCCAUGGGAAGCGGUGAAAUAACCAAACUUGAUAUUAUAUCAUUUAUUCCUUUUCCUUAUCAUUAUCAUUUAUUCCUCCAUUUGAUUGGCUGUUCCAUAUGUUUUCACUGAUGACCAAAUUCCAGUCACAUCUGGAGCUCAACUGGUAUUUUUUUAAUGACAGAAAUUACAUUUUCUACUAUGUUUUUUGUUUUUGACUUUUUUGUUUUUUUGUUGUUUUUUUUUUUUUUGUGGCUGUAUCUGUGUUUCAUUCCAUACCAACAUACAGCUUUUUAUGCACAACUGUUAUAACAAAAAGCCACAAGUACCAAUGCUCAUGAUUCUGUAUCAAUUUACAUUUUAUGCAUUUCUCAUUUUAUGUUUCACAGUGUUGAAAAGUGUUUAGAGUCUGCUGCAUUAUGUUAACAUUGUGUAUAAUACAGGGCUCAUUGGAUCACAGACAGUAUACAUUUCUUCUAUAGUAGGCUAUUUCUUGUGUAUCUACUGUGUGUCAAUGUACCUUUAGUGCACUGCAGUGCUGAAAUGUCAUUUAAUGUCACUUUUAUAAACCUUCUACCAAAUG